GUUUUCCCUUACUACAUUUCCGCAAAGUUUUCUCCUGCAGCUGCUUCACCUUAUUCUGGGUUUGUUAAGGCUGUAGAACACACAGAAGUUUACAAAAAUGAGUGAAAUUAAGCCAAACGACACAGCUGCUGCUGAGGAUAACGGAGAGGAAACAGACUGGGCCGCGGCCAAAGCUUUCUUUGACAACCUUAAAACACACAAACCGAGACCUCCCAAACCCCGGUUUGCUGUCACCAUCGCUGUCUCCUCUCGCACCCUCUUCAACAUGGUGGCAGAGAGGAAGCUCUACGAAGAAGAAGGAGUGGAGAAGUACGUGGCUUAUCAGGUGGAGCACGAAAACGAGCCCCUGAAACCAGGAGCUGCUUUCCCUUUCGUCAAGGCCCUGAUGAACGUCAACGCUCGACUGAGGGAGCUCUACCCAGACAGCGAGGAGCUGUUUGACAUCGUCUUAAUGACUAACAACCAUGCCCAAGUCGGAGUGCGCCUCAUAAACAGCAUUAAUCACUAUGAUUUAACCAUAGAGAGAUUCUGCAUGACGGGAGGGAAAAGUCCUGUAGGCUACCUAAAGGCCUACAUGACGAACCUUUACCUCUCCAAGGACUCGGAGAAAGUCACAGAGGCCAUAGAGGAAGGAAUCGCCGCGGCCACAAUGUUCAUGCCAGACACAGAGACUCAGUUGAGUGACACUCAGCUGAGGGUGGCAUUUGAUGGCGACGCUGUCCUCUUCUCGGACGAGUCGGAGAUCAUCGUGAAGCAGCACGGCCUGGACACUUUCUUUGAGCACGAGAAGGAGUUUGAGAACAAACCUCUCGCUCAGGGCCCUUUAAAGUGUUUCCUGGAGGCUCUGGGGAAGCUCCAGAGAAAAUUUUACGCCAAGAAUGAGCGCAUGAACUGUCCCAUCCGAACCUACCUGGUGACGGCUCGCAGCGCCGCCAGCUCCGGGGCUCGCGUCCUGAAGACCCUCCGCAGCUGGGGCCUGGAGAUCGACGAGGCUCUCUUCCUGGCGGGGGCUCCUAAAGGGCCCCUGCUGCAGAAAAUCAGACCACACAUCUUCUUUGACGACCAGAUGUUCCACAUUGAGGGGGCCAAGGAGCUGGGAACCAUAUCUGCACAUGUCCCCUAUGGGAUUGGACAGAAGUACCACAAGGGUAAACUCAUUGAGCAGCCUGCGAAAAAAGAGUAACCUAAAAGCAGUUAAGAUAUUAAAUAUGCACUUCGUCUUGGCCUUCAUAAGAAGAGAUUUGCUCCAAAUUUAAAUACUGUGUACAGGAAAAUGAUCUAUUGGAAGUUUUUAGAGGAUUGAGGUAAUGAAUUAGUCAUGCAGUCAACAAGGUUUCCUAGCAUGGGGGUUUUUAUAAAGUGUUUUCUACUAUUUCCUAUAUGAUAGGGUAUUAUUAAUGAGUUGGGGAAUGUAUUUUCGAAGCAAGAGUUACACUAGGUGCCCGACACUAUUUCACUUAAUGCUGUUUUGGAAGAGAAACGUCAGAUUUCUUACCUGUAGGUGCCUUGUAACCAUGUCUGUGUACCUGUUGGCCUUUUGAAAGGUUUACUGAGAGAGGAAUAACUAUUUUUCUCGUUUACAGUUUUUGUCAUUUUCUAUACACUUUUAUACCAUAAACAUAUGUUUGUUUUAUUUAUCUUGGAUUUUGGCAUAUGAUAUAUAUCGAGGAUGGGAGGAUAUAUCUGCUGUAGUAGUUGUUUUUUUCUGCAUUGGAUCUUUUAUAGGCUUUAGAAUCACCAGCCAGGUAGAGUAUAAAUUGUCAAUUCCAACCAAAAGUUGGAGCUUUAUGUUUAAAAGGGACAUUUAUCAUGGUAGACUCUCGCUGCCUUACAAGGAAAACUGAUGCUGUCCAUCUUUGUCACUGUCUUUGCUGUUGAUGCACACACAAUAUAAAACUUACACUUUUUAUUUUUCCUCAAACUUUCACAGUCAUGUUCUGUGAGCUGUUUACACUUUUAAACUAUCUGCACAUCAGGCACUGUAACUAGACUUUCACUAUCAUCAUAUUUUUACAUAGGAGUGACUACAUAAUGUAUGUUUGCAGGUGACAUUUUGUGUAUAUCUUGGUAAUAUUAUUUACUCAUGUUGUGGUAACACGGUAACACGAUUUUUGCACCAUUUCACUUUUCUAUGCUCUGAUUUCUAUCGAAGUGUUUUGAGCACAGAGGAUAUAAUAGAUCAAUAAAGGAAUGUCGAGGAACCCCA